CUUUGAUCCGUGAGUAAUGAACAACAUUGAUUCUUGUUAAAUUAGUUUAGAAAUCUUCAUCACGAGUCUCACUCGUCAUUGUACGGCAAAGGGGUUAAUAUUGUAGUUUUUUCAUUUCGCUUAUUCUGCACCUUAAAAUGGUGCGGCAUUCAACGUUUUAAGGAACUUCAAAUAGUAUUACCGAUUUAAAAACACGGUAUACAGUACUACACUGAGUAUUAAGAGUUUUCUACCUAAAACAUUUACUUUCUUCGUUCUGGUUUCAAUAAAACUAUAAGAAACAUUCAAACAUCAGAUGACUCAUCAAAUUUUCGAUCACUAUCGAAAUCUAACAUAGUUUAUACGAGAAACAACCGGAAAAAGAUACAUUUUUCUAAGGAAAGGAAAAGUUAAUAGUAUUUUAGUAAAUACAUGAAAUUUACAAGUUUAAGAGCGAAAUAAUCCUUAUGAAGUAAAACAUAAGUUAGUUGAUGUUAAGGUUAAGAACGAUAGAAAGUUGUAUAGUUAUCGGAAGAAAGAUUAUUUUACGAAAUACGAGAACUAUUUUGGUACACACCUAAGAGCACGUAACUGUGUAAACGGUAAAAUUACUCGAGGGGAUUAAUAGAAAAGUAGUAAGUUGUUAAAAAAGUAUUAGUGAUUCGUACAUCUGCUGGGUCUCCAACCUUCAAGCUGCAAAUGUUCAUGAACUUGGCCAAGUGUUCGAAGUGUUUUGUCAUCUCUGUUGCUAAGAUCAUGUCCACCACUGUCUGACGAACAUGCUUGUACGUAUCUCGUUCCAAAUUCUAGAACACAAGUAUACACCUUACUAUAUACAUUUUUCUAUUUCCAAGCAAAUGAACUCUAAAUCUAUUCUAUUCGACUCACCUUAAAGAUAUUCACGUUGUCGUCGGAUAAUGUUAACUUAAACGUCAGAGCUGCAUGGUGUGACUCAAGCACAGAUAUAUCGUUAUAAAGUAUUGCCAAUUUGUUGUCGGCGUUGCAAAGAAACUGGCUGGAACGAGUUUUUACAGACUAUUUUCGGAAUACGAUUAUUUUGUAACCAGUUUAGCAAAGUAAGUUCACUGUUCAAUGAAAUAAAUGAAUACUUCUGUCGAAUAUUAAUUACUUACAUCAUCAGUGAUACCUUUCUUCUCAGAUCAGUUCGAUUUCAAAUAUAAAAUCAAUUUACUGUUGCAGUUGAAAUUUCAAAAAUGAAACUUAAGUCAACAAUUCAAUGAUAUUUAUUAUAAAGUUACGAUGUAAAUUCGUUCGGUGGAACUGUAGACAACAAAAAUGUCAGUCUAUUCUAUUUUCAAUGUUACGAAUUUUGUUCGGACGAAAAUUUUAUUCCGCCUGGCACCAGAUGUAAAAUUAGAAAGAAAUAUCCAGUAUCUGUAGUCACGCUACAAGAGGGAAAUUAAAUUCUGAGUUUACCUUGAUUUGCCCGGAUGAUCUACGUCAUGAGCAGCAGACGCGAGUAGAGCCGAGACCUCGUCCAGAGGUUCCAGAAUUUGCUUGAGUCUCUCCGACUGCAUAAAUCUGGCGGUUGCUUGAAGGACGUCCGCGGCAUGAGUUGAAUUGUGAUAACUGUUUUGAGAUCUGUAGUUCAUCUCGAUCACGGCCAGCCAGUUCUGUACGAUUUUCUCGUCGCAGCCUAAUCUUGCUGGCACUCGGUAAAGAUUCAUGAUCGUCAUCCCCAGGAAAAGCAGCGGCCUAAAACCAAUGGGGAUUAAAAAUAAGGAAGGGAAACUGAUAGAUACUUCAAUGAAAUCUGAAAACAUCUUUUAAUCUGCUAAAAUUCCGAAGAAAUAGUACAUGCUCUUUGAAAACAAUAUUCUAAUCCGAUAAAAUUCUGAAGAAAACUCUAGCUAUAAUUAGGGUGGUCUGCUGCAUAAAAGGAAAUAUCUUUUUUAACGCUUCGACUGCCAAGUAAACCAUCAAAACUACCAUGCAAUCGAAACAGUUUUCUUAAAGCAAAAACUAAAGAGGCAAGAUUCUUAACGAUUACUUUACUACUUAUAUCUCACACAUUCAAUAAAACUUAGUUCGAUACGUAACCAAGAAAAUGAAUUCAAGAUUACGUUAAAAAUGUCACCCGUAUCCGGGUGACGUGGCAGUUAGUGUUAAUCUGAUCAAGCUUUGAAUAAAGUUUAAAUUUGUAAAUACGACGGUGUGCUCGAAAAAUGAAGAAGAUCAACGGUUCUGAAGUUGAGAUCAAUUUGCCGCUACUUUCGCUUAAAUCCAACGCCACAGGAAUUUAGUAAGAAAUGUUACUUUCACAAAGAUUACCUUUUCUCUGUUAGAACUUCGAGCUUGAAUAUGUCGAAAUUCCAUUCCAUAGAUCUUUCGAGUAUCUCCGCGAUCUCUUGAGGUCCCCUGAAUCCUUUGAUCUGCAUACGCGAACUGCUCGGCGCUGUCGUGACCGCUCGUAGAGUCGACAACCGCGUCGAUUCCGCGGAGGAUCUUCUGGAUUCCCAUGUUCGUCUCGGUGACUGCGUUUCCAUUUAAUAGAAUACAUUUAUGAACGUUGAAAUUUGUUUUAACCCUCUGCACUCGAGAGGUGACUCACUCGCCACUUAAUUCGGUAUAAAAAAUUAUAAAAUUUUAUAAUAUCAAAUUUCGUAUGAUGCAUCAAUGUGUGAAAUAUUGAAACAAAACUUCCUUAUUUAGCUUAUGUUUUCUCAUUGCUUCGUUCCAUAAAAUGUCUAUAUCUCGUCGGAAAAUGUUAUAUUUGGUGACCACUUUUAACUGUAAAGGGUUGACUCAUUCGCGUAGCAGUCGGUUUUUAAAUUUCGUGGACAAGAUGCGCGUAGACGAUGCAGUGUAAAAAUUCAAAGAAUACUUAGAAACUGGAAAUACGGUAUCACAGAGGAAAACGAAAAAUAUGAUGUAUCAAUGAUUAUUAAUACACCACGGUAGAAUUUUGAAAUGCAUACGAAUUUGACACGUUAUUCUGGGCGAAUGGGUUAAGUAGAGAAAAAUGAGAAAUUCUUACAGAAAGCAAAGCACCAAGCAGAUCUGACGCUACGGGGUCGUUGUAAUUCCUGUCAUCUUUAAGAUAUGGCACGUACAGUUCCGUGGUUUUGAGCAUUUCUAUUGCCUGAAAUAAUAAUCAAAGUUCGUGCAUAUUAUUUACACCUGCAGGUGACUGUAAUAUUAUUCAUUUCAGAAAGUAAAGCACUAUUUCAAUGAUUCCUGAGGUGACUAGCUUUUAGUGAAAUGUUAGUGGUAAAAUGAGAAACAUUAUUUGAAAGGGCAUAAAGAAAUGAUUUAAAGUACCGAGGUUUUGUAAGAGAAUAAUUGAAGUUCGACGUUGCAAGUAAUACAAAAAUUGUAAACUUCAGAAAUGUGUAGAGUAUAUUUAAAAAAAUUCUGAUGUUUUUGAAAGUGAUUGUAGGAAAAAUAUAGUACAAAUUGAUUUUGAAUUAAAAGCUGAAACAAAGGGUUUGUUUAAUGAUUACGUCUUGCUUUUUUAAAUAAAUACGAAAACCUUACUUUGUCGAUCUGCGCUGCUGUCUCGGCACUUGUGGCUUCCGUAAUGGCGUUCGAUAGGAGGGUGAUGACUUUCGUUAUAGGCGCCUCUAAUUGCAACGCGUGCAACUUCUGCAAACUGGACCGCCUGCGGCCUAAAUUCAAAACACAAUUUUCAAAUACUGCAAACAGGUUACACUUGAGAAUCUUAUGUCUUUAUCUUUCGAUUGUUGGUCGAUACCGGUUAAACUAUAAAAAUUCUCUGAUUACUUGUUCGAUAUGUUUGCAAUCGUUGAUAGACGUUUCCGAUAACCUAGAUUCUAGCUCUCGAAGUAUUUAUCAAUUUAAGAAAGCAACAGUCUAAGGAAUUAACAAUAGAAUUCUAUAAUGUCUUUAAUACGUCUAAAUUUGAAUGUGAAAUACUAUGAAAGUCGAAGUAAUAUUCCGUUGGAUACUGAAAUUUCAUUAUAAAAAGAGUAGUUUUUUAUCCGCCUCGAAAGAAAAUAUUUGAUUGCUUCGAAGCUCGAACAAUUCGAUUAAAAUACUGCUAUGGCCUAAAUGUGCUUAGAUUGUAAGCUUAAAUUUUAAGGUUCAAAAAGGGUUAAGUAUAGAAAAAAUGAUCAUGCAAGAUACGUGUGUAAAUUGAAUAUUCCUGAAGCAUUUAGAAACACAUUGACAUAAACGAAAAAAAUUAAAUUUGAAGGUUUAAAGGACUAAGUAAAACUAUAAAAUAGAAAAAUAGUUCACGCUGAACUCCCGUGUUACUUGAAUAUUCUUGAAAUAUUUAGAAAUAUGAUCGCAUAUAAGAAAUAAAUGAGACAAAAUUUUAAGGUCUAAGGGUUAAGUAAAAGUAUAGAAAAAGAGGUUCGCUCUGGAACACCUAUUACUUGAAUACUUUUAAAAUAUUUACAAAUAUGAUCACAUGAAAGAAACAAUUCAGACAUUUUAUGGCUUAAGGGUUAAGUAAAAGUAUAGAAAAAAGGUUCGCGCUGAACACCGGUGUUACUUGAAUAUUUUAAAAAUAUUUAGAAAUACGAUCGCAUAUAAGAAAUAAAUGAGACAAAAUUUUAUGGCUUAAGGGUUAGGUAAAAGUAUAGAAAAAAGAUUCGCGCUGGAACACCUGUUACUUGAAUAUUCUUGAAAUAUUUAGAAAUAUGAUCACAUGAAAGAAAUAAAUGAGACAAAAUUUUAUAGCUUAAGGGUUAAGUAAAAGUAUAGAAAAAAAGUUCGCGCUGAACACUGGUUGUUACUCGAAUAUUUUUAAAAUAUUUAGAAAUAUGAUCACAUGAAAGAAACAAGACAACAUUUUAAGGCUUAAAAAGGGUUAAAUAAAAGUAUAGUUACUUGAAUAUUCUUGAAGUAUUUAGAAAUAUGAUCACAUAAAGGGAAAAAAUCAGACAAAUUUGUUAGGGCUUAAAGGGUUAAGUAACAUAUAGAACUAAGUCAAAAUUGGAUCACCCUCGGUGGCGUUGGAUUUAACAUCCGAAGGCCUCCUUGGCGUUGUAGUUAAAGGACCCACUUUCGAGAAGGGUGGUUGCAAAGGGCUGGGCAGUGGACUCAUUGAACUCAGCGGGUCGAUGUUCUCCGACAAGUAGGUCGUGUCAUAUAUGUAUAUGUAAUGAGUCGGUUUCCUGAACAAAAGUUACGAAAAAGAAAAAAAACAAACAAAUUAUCCGAGAGUGAGAAAAACACGGCUGUUCGAUUACAGUGGAUUAAUUACCGAAGGGAAAUUGAGCUGACUCACUUUAACGUCGUGCAGAAAGGUAUCACCCUGCAGUUGAUAGUGAUCAUUUGAUUGUUCUGUCGUCUGCAAUUCAUGUUCCCCUCGAACUCGCGCCCCUUGCUGAUCUGUUGUUCCAUGACCACGAAGUUCUCGUAGUGCACCAACUCCCCGAUGCUCUUACCCAACAUGUCGGUCGUCUUAUAGCCUAAUAACUUCUCGCUGAUUUUAUUAACAAACUGUAAUAAAUUAAAACAGAGAUUUACUGUGUCGGAAGUAAUUAAAAUUCGAAUAGUUCGUAGUUCAGUGUAUGGUUUCAUUCGCUAACGAGAGAAAUAUUCUACAAUGAUAUAUUCAUAAGGAAUCUAAAAUAAUUAUAAUUAAUAUUUAUUCUAUUAAGACGAACGUGUCGGAGAAUGAACGAUAGCGUUCAACUGAAUUUACAUGAACUCACAGAAAAUGUGAUCGACAGUAGUACCAGUGAAUACGUAGAGUCAGAGUUCGUAUAAGAUGUUUCACAGAAAAGAUGUACAUAGAUGUCAAUCUUAAAGUAAAAAUUAAUCGAAGAUGAGAGACGACAAUAACAAGUAUUUCUCUAAUAAAUGAUUGGGACUUCGAUUUAUAUUACAUUGAGUAUAUUCAGCAGUAAUGGUGAUUGUUAAUACAGUCUAGACCGUGUUGUAAUCGAGAAUUUUAACACUUGAACGUAAUUGGAACAGAUGUUCUAAACUUGAAAAUAUUAUGUAUUUCUGAUAAUACUUGCAAUUAGUUGCAAUGAGUACUCGACGUAUGAGGUAUGGAAUUUAUUUCGCCGAUGGAAGUAAUACUGAUAGCAAUCAAUAAUUUCACAAUUACUCACGUUACCUGUACAAUGUGCUUAUCGUUGGUUACAUGUACCAUAUCGCGGCAUCUAUCAAGAGCCAGAUACAGUGCAUUGGCAGCCGCGAGCUGAGUCCUUGGCAGCAACGCGCUCGUGUAUAUCCCUACCAAUUCGUUUAUCAAUAUUCCCUCGUGGGAGCACUCCAUCAGUGCCUGAAACGUACGAAACAGUAAAGGAAAUCAAGAUUCUUCCAUUAAAUGAAUAAGAAUCCAUUAAUGAAGAAAAGUGAAGUUACACUAUAAAGUUUCUAUUUUGACAAAAAUUAAAGGUUGCACUAUAAAGUUUCUAUUUUGACAAAAACUGAAGUUACACUAUAAAGUUUCUAUUUUGACAAAAAUUAAAGUUACACUAUAAAGUUUCUACUUUGACCAAAGGUUGGGCUACAAAAUUGUUGCAAAGUUUAACGGUGGCUUCAAUAAUGUUCUCUGCAAAUGCAUUGUAUUCAAUCUUACUUCAAUCAGUAUGAGUUUAAAAAGAAACAAAAGAUAAUUGCCGUUCAAUCAACGUCUUCCACAGAUUAUAGAGAUGCCAAUAACUUACUCUGUUAAACCCUGUUUCUAACAAGUCCAGUGCCACGAUUUUAUCUUUCUCGCCAUACAUGAAGUACCUGUCGAAGCCCACGAGAAUAAACAUUCCAAACGAUAUCGAAACGUGUAAACAAUAAGAAUUGUUUUAAAGAACAAAUUAACUUACGAUUUUUUUACUAGAGCUAUGAUAACGGAAUUGUGGUAAACGGGACUAGACCUAAUCGCCCUGAAAUCAAAAUCGUUUUCGGACUCAUUGAUAAGUUCCUAUUGAAAAUAAUAUUCAAACAAACAUCACAAUCGAAACAUUUCUUUUUACUAUUAUCUCGGAAAAUUGCUGAUUCAAUAGAAACGCGUCUCUUUCGUCAAACAUUCUUUGACUCGUAAAUAAAUCAAAACAAUUAUAUAUAGUACUCAAUUUAAGAACACAAAAGUUCAAUUAAAUUAUGGACAUUUAUAUAAUUUCCGGUCAUACCUCCAAGAAUUUGGGUCGUACAUAAAUAAAAUAACAAAUUUGUCGAUUGAUUCAUAAGAAUAUAUCAAACAAACUAAAUGCGUUAAGUUUCUGAACAUUUGUAACGCAAUUUCCGACCCAUACCUUCAAGAAUUUCGGUCGUACGCGAAUAAAAUCGAAUUUUCGUCCAUCGAUUCAUAAGAAUACAUCAAAUAAACUGACGCGUGAAGUUCUGGGCAUUUGUAAAGUAAUUUCCGGCCAUACCUACAAAUCGAAUCAGCUUCCGCGGCGCGUUGCCCACGAUGAUCGAUGAUUAUUAGCUCGUGACCCCGACUUUGGAAAAACUCCACCGCCUUUUCUCUGUCCUUCGCCACCGACACGCUCCACCCCAACCGCCUCGAAGUGGUAGCGAGUAUAUCCAUUUGCUGAUCAUCUUUGGGGAAGACCAACAAUAUCUGACGUUCGAGGGAUUCGAUACGAAAGAAAUAAUAAAUGCCACGAUAAAUCUUACGUGUGUCAACAGAAUUAUCUAUCGGUUUUGUUCGAUCGCGAGCCGAUAGGUCGGAAACAACUAGGCCUACUUACUUUGAUGAGACUAGGAACACUGUUCGUUAACGGAUAAGCGUCGAUAUCCUGCGGCCCCUUCUGUAACAAAAAAUGUUUACCGAUGCAAACGAAUCUCCCAUUCUGAUUUGGAACAUUUUUGAUCGGACAACGUGAUUUUUUGGUGAUUCUUUCGAGAACUGAUGGAUUGAAAUCAAAAUUGAAAAUGUUUGGAACCAUCAAAAUUGAACCAGCUCUUUUGACAUUAAUGUUAAUGCGUUCAUCGGUGUAUUGUAAAGGAUUAAUUUCGUUUCUUUAAUUCUGUAUGAACAUUGUACUACUGAUACAAGGCAGAUGAUUAGAAUAAUUGAUACUUCAAUGAUAACCAAGGGAGAAGUUGAAACUUUGACUACCUUGAAAGAUAUUCUGUAAAAAUGAUUCUUUACUCAAAGUACAAACUUCAAUUUUAUUUUUCUGACUAAUUAUAAACGAAGUGAAAUAAGUACAUGCUACAAGAAAAUAUGAACGCAUUACUGAGUAAAGAAAUUUAGAGAUCCACUGUGUAAUCGUUGUUCUUCGAAUGAUUGAUUAACGGAAGCAGGAUUCAUUAUUAUUUGAUUUCUUUCUAGUUUCUUUGUAUAAGUAGAACAAUCAUAAAGUAGUUACGCGAUGAAAGAUUAAUUAAAUUCGAUCAUAUUCGUUCUGAUUCGAUUGUAAGGACCUACUAAUUCUGAGUGAUCACUGUUAUUAGAUAGUUCCGCUGUCGGGGUCGUUUUAUAAACUUUAGCUCGUCGUCGAGCACGCGGGGAUUCCUUCACACUUUUAUUCUUCCCAUAUUGUGGUCUCGAGCUUUUCAUUCGUCUUAACUACGGUGUCCGAUUUGAAAAGCUGCGUCCUCGUUGAUAUAAUAACCUAUACAUGUUAAAGCUACUUGAAAUAGACAAACGAAUUUGGUGCUGGCUGGUUAAUUCGCUGAGAAAUGAAGUUUGAAUAAUACGAAAUUACAACGAUCUCGGUUAUAUUGAUUACUUCUCGAUGGUUAACAAUUCAAAUUAAAAAGACAUCCUAAAAGUAUUCGUAUUAUUAUAUUUUUUUGUUUGGAAUAUAAAAUCAACAGUGUCUCGCUCUGUUAACCCUUCUGAGGCUCAAAUUCAAAAAGAACAUGCUUAAAUUAUUUAUUUGUAUUACAUUAGUCUCAUGAAAUUACUGGAAAAAUAAUAAUGUUUCACUUUUUAUUAACCCUUCUGAAGCUCAAAUUUAAAAAGAAUAUGGUCAAAUUAUUUGUAUUACAUUAGUCUCAUGAAAUUACUGGAAAAAUAAUGUUUCACUUUUUAUUAACCCUUCUGAGGCUCAAAUUUAAAAAAAGAUGCUUAAAUUAUUUGUGUUAUAUUAUUCUCAUGAACAUAUUGGAAAGAUAAUAAUGUUUCACUUUUUAUUCACUCUUUUGAAGUUCAAAUUCCAAAAGAAAAUGCUUAAAUUAUUUGUACUAAAUUCUUCCUUUUACAAUACUGGAAAAUAACGACGUCUCACUUCUUAUUCGCCCUUCUGAGCACAUGAAACGUUCCUAGUCCGGAGCGGGGUUCAAACAAUAUUGAAAUGAUCCUGAAUCAUCGUCAGUGUUGUUUACGAACACGUCUCGAACACGGGAUACGCGUGUGCAAUGAUGAUAAACUGACGUCAGGGACAUGUUUUCUCGUCCUACCUUUCAAUUUUGUUCGGUAACUUGAAAUAUCUCUGUUUUCCCGUUAGAAACGGGAGCUAAAUUUCGAAUCUGUAAACGCUCUUUGUACAUUUCUGUAUUCCAAAUAAAAUUUAUUCUCGAUUUAUGUAUAGUUCAUUCUCACCUACGAAACAGUGAAUUAUUUCAACAAUUGAUCUUCGAUUGUUAUACCUAGAGUCGUUUCGAUUUCAUUUCUUUAAAUUAUUGGACGAGCUGAGCACCGAGUGAAGAAAAGCAAUUAUCCUGUAGAAAUAAUUGACAGUAAGAAAGCAAAAAUUAUUCUUACUUAAAACGUAGCCUCUCAAAAUUAAAUUAUCUCCCUUGACACUGAAGAAACGUGGCUUUUUCAAAUUGUAUUUUUGACGUUAGAAAUAAACAUUCUAAAGUGCGUUCUUAUAUUACGAGACACAAGUGGAUGGUAUUUUUACGAAACAGUAUAUAUCGAAACCAACUUUAACAACGUGACAAAACAUAUUUCCUAAAAUCAGCCUCGAACACCAUUCAAAAAUUGAUCGAUGGUAAAAUACAUAAAGGAUCUAUUCAUUUUUUGAGAAACAAAAUUUCGAAACCUCGCGAGAAUAUUAUAACGUAACGAAACGAAGCCAUUCUCCAAAGUCGAUCCAUCGAAUAAAAAAUCGGAUCGAUGGUAGAAUACACAAAUUUCAAUUUAUUUUUCAAGAAACAAAAUUUCGAAACCUCGCGACAGGUCGUAACGUUCGUAACACGAUGAAACAUUCUCCAAAAUCGGCAUCGGGUCCGGCCCAAAAUUUGAUCGAUGGUAAAGAACACAUAAAAACUUUCUACUCAUAAAUCAUGGACGGAGUUGCAUUAUUACUUUUCCGUGUUGAAUUUUCUCGACGGUUCGGCACCACGUACCUGUGCGGUCAACACAAACGACGGAGGCGCCGCGUUUACGUACAUUCUGCUUUCACUGGCGUGCCAUUUUUUCUGACCCGAGCCGCAUAUUACGUCCAAAAUCCAGUUGUACCAAGACCUCGUCGGUUCCCUGCACACAUCCUGCUGGGUGUAGUCGAUGGCGGGGCAGAUGAAAAUCCGCGGUUGCGUCGAUUGCCUUUUCUCCAUCAUCCCUUAUUCGAUUAACCGAACCGCGCGUUCGAAGUUUCUCCCGGUCGAGAGAGCGUGCCACUCAAUCAAAUUUAAUCGACCGAUCAGGAAUAACGCAUAAUUUAUCGUGUAGGGAACAAGCACCAGGGUUGAUUGUAGAAACUGAUCGAAUUGAUCCUCGCCACUCGAGAUUACUUUCCGUUGAUUAAACCCGUUCUCUUGAUGUAAACAUCGUUAAUUGCGGUUACGUUUGGUCACUGUCGAAAUUCGGAGUUCUUUAGUGUUCCGCGAAUUUUUUUGGAUAUUCUAUGAAUUCAAAGAACUUGGAUCAUAAUUUUGGAAGUAUGAUUUGUAAAAUAGUAACCUCGAUUAUCCGAUUCAGUUGGGCGAACAGUUGAGACAAGUGGCGAAUCCAGAAGUUUUUCGAUUUGUAAAAUUCGAAUUCAAUCAUUUCCGGGUGUAAUGUGAGGAUAUAAAUUAUCGAGGUUUAAUUUAACGAACAUUGAAUAAUAGACUGCUGCCUUGAUAAUAGGUGUUGUCCCAAAUUUCUAUCUGGACUAUAGACACGACUGUUAAUUUAUUGAAAGAAAAGGAAGAAUCUAGGUAUCUUCUACGUCCAUUUGAUAUAAAGUAUAAUUGAUAACAAAAGAACAAUGUUUCAAUUGUUUUCAAAAGAAUCGAGUAAAUUUUGCUGUUCAAAUUCCGUUCGAAAUUUUUACUACGAAUCUAACACGAUAUCCAGCGAGAGGUCAAUCGAGGUCCUACUUCAUUAUCAGAACAGUGAAAUUGAUUCGCAAAUGAUUUCGGUACACAGCAAUCGGAAAACGGAUCCGCGAACGUCCGACGUGAUACUGAUCGGUCGUCGUCACGCGGCGAGAUUGUCCUUUCUCGAUUUUAUCGAUAACAGAGCUACUCUGUGGAACCGAGAACUCGUCGACAACAUAGUUAUUGGUAGUGAUAAUUCUAUAAACAGUCGAUAAAACGUCACCAGAAUCGAUAUAAAUAUACGAUAUCAUCGUGAUUUUUGCCGAGGAUCGAUACCGCGGUGAAUCGACAACGUUUCGAAAGCGAAACCGACGGAAAAUCAAAGCUCUUAAAACAGUGCGAUUAAAAACUUAUCAGUGACAUGGAAAAAGGAACUAUGGAUUUUGUUCAGGGAAAUGGAUCUUUAUCCUCAUUCUUUCAAGUCAUUCUCCCACUUCGCUUUAGAGAAUGGAGAACUACUAACGCCUAGGUUUCGUGUCAAGAAAAACUGAUUCAGAAGAUCAAGAUAUCCUUAGGAAAAUCUCUUUAAAAUUUGUUCAAUGUUCAUUCUUCGAAAUUAUAAAAUUUUGUUGUGGAAUCCAUGAGUUACAUAAAUAAAAUAAUCACGAUACGGUCCAUGCGAAAUGUUUAUUAAAAACGUUCAUUAGAACAGUUCGUUCUUCGAAAUUCUUAUAAAAUUAUAUGAAAUCCGUAAAUAACGUGAAUAAAGAUAAUCACGAUACGGUUCGUGCGAAAUAUUUUCAAUUCGAAUCUCUAGAAGAUCAACACGGAAUACUAAAUUUCAUUUAAUCUUUAAAGAUGAAAAAAGAAAACGAAGAUAAGGCUCUAAUUCAACACGUUCAUAUUUAUUCAUGGACAGAUACGAAAUGUUAAUACUAGAAAUAUCUUGGAUUUGAACAGAGAGGAAAUUAAGAAAAUUAAGAAAAUUACUUAAUUGAUUGUUUAGCGCCAACGAAAAUGAAUAUCCUUAAUUUAUUUUAACAUUCCUUUAAAAUCUCAAAUCACCCUAUUAGUAAACGUUUCAAUGUUGGUAGACACUAGAACCGAGUAGCGAGAAUAACAAUUAUUCAGCUGGCCAGUUGUCGAUAGUUCAUACGCUAUGCAUGAAAAGUAGCGCUUGGCCCGUAAAAUCGAUCAUGAUGUUAGAAUUCUAAUGAGACGCCUUCACACGAAGCCUUGGAAACAACGGAAAUCAACGCUAAAAAUCCAUCACCUCGAUCCUCCCACUCCGAGCAAAGAUUCCGAUUAAUUAAUUAACGUUAACAGGUGUUCAUAAAAAAAAAGAGAAUUCAUCGUAAAGAUACGAUUUGAUAUUUUCCCUGGAAGCUUACUAGCGAACUUAAUCUUUGCGCAAGAAAGCCAGCGUAAUAAUUUUCCAGUAUCUCGGAAAGAAUUAACUAUAAAUUUCUCUAAUCCCCCGAGAUGACUCGUAGAAUCACGAUUCUUAUUGCAAUUUAUGGAGAAGUCCGUAGUCGUGAACCGUUACAUUGUGUUUAACACUUUCACCGCGUGAGUCAUAUAUGAAUACAUUCCCUUGGCCAAACUUGAACAUCAAUUUUCAUAGUGGAAUAUAGAGAAAACCAAUCUUUCACAAAUUCAAACAACUAAUGUUAUGUCUAAUAAUCAGUUAAUAAUGUGUAAUACCGAAGUUGUUUAAAACUUUCUUCGAACGAAAUCCAUUCUUGUAGCAUUGUUUUUCUUUCCUUCUCUCUCUCAUCCGGCUUUUCUGGCUGCGCUUCGCCUGUGCCCAUAGACCGUCUAUAGACAGCAGCUUUCUUUAUUCCCUGUCUAUAGACGGUAUCGAGAAUGACAGCAAGAAAAGCACGGUGUAGCCUAUGUCAUUGUGAACGAGAGAGAAAAUGAUCUGAAAUAACGUGCAAUUCUCCUCGGUCUUUCCUUCACGGUUCGCGUAGUCAAGCCAUUAAUAGUUGAUGGGAUUCAUAUUUGAUCGGUAAUUGGUUAGGUAAUUGCUCUAUAGUUCACCGUGUGUAAUCCUUUAUUGUUCCUCCUUCCGAGGAACUUCAAUCAAAACAUCCGAUGAAUUUUUCACGUGACUCGCGAUUGUGAUGUUGGGAACUACACACGUGUUUUCUACUAGCGCGGCGAAGGGGUUAAUUGCGGGUUUAAACUCCGUGAGAAGAGGACGGACUGACUGAUCGAUUUUUUUCUAUUCUAUCCUUUCGUUUCAGUGACCGUUUAAUCCGCUGCGUUAGUUGACAAUCGAUAUAUAUUGAAGCUUCCUCGGCUUUACACUCCUGCUACAGAACAGCGUUUCUCAACUUUCACUCGCUUGUGUGUCACACUUGACAAUUCCUUUGAAUUGUGUACCUUUGGUGUGUUAUUGAUAUUAUUAGUGUCCCAGUGUUCCUUUUGAUUAUGAAACAUUUCCGAUAUGGGUGUUAUGUGUUUUCAAAUUACAGCCAACAGACGCAAGAUAUGCCAGUUUUAAAUGUAAAACCGAAUUUAGCUUACUAAUAUAUGCUGUACUGAUUAACUAGAAUUAUGAUAUUUGUAAGUAACAAAAAAUCCUUUGUAAAACAAUUGUUUAUAUUUCAUUACACUCUUCUCACAAACGUGUUCUUUUGUUUCAUUGUAUAAUUUUCUUUGCAUACUACAAUAUGCUUGGUGUUGUCACCUCAGGAUGCGAGCCACUGCUAUAGAUACAUUAGGGGUCUUCUGAAUUGCUUUCCACGCUUAUCUUGUUUUCCCAUAAAAAUUGGUUCUCUCCGUGUUAACAUUGAAAAGGGUAGUUGAAGUUUGAUAAACGAUACGAAGAUAUUAAUGAGCGUGGAAGAUAAAAGUUUAUAAGGUAAUGGAAACAUGUUCUGCGUUACAUUGUAUUGGAAAUGAUAAGGAGCUGGAAUGCAAAAUUACACGUGGAAAAGAAGAGAGAUGUGAUAAGGAGGUUCGCAGGAAUAUUAAUUGCCGUGAAUUCAAUUGAAGAGGUCGAACAAAAAGUUUCUGUAAGAAGUGAAACGUGAGAAUGAGGCAGAUGCUAAAAUAUUUUAAGUAAACAAUUCUAGAAAGACUGCAUCUAUAUCAACUAUUGAGAAUACUAUUCGUUGGCAUUGUUUAAAGGAACUAUUUACUAUUAAAAUUAUUAUUAAAUUCUUAAUAAAUCAAAAGGAAAGAAGCGAAAAGGACUCCAUACGAAGUAAGAAUAAAACGGGACACCACACGAAGACAAGAUGAAAGAAAAAGCUCUUGCAGCUAAAUAGUGUUAUCGUAUUACUUAUUUUUCUGAAAUAUAAGUGCUUUCAACACGUCUCGAGAGAGAUGUAAGCGACGGACGUGCAAUUUCGAUUGCCUCUUGUUUUGUCUUCAACAAUACGAAGUGAAUCGCUGUUUUCAAGACUGUUAUCUUUGAUUGCAGCUAGCAAGAAUCGAGAUAACGAUACGUACACAACAUUUUUGCGUUAUUUAUCUUUAAAGCGUUGCACCUACGACUACUACUAGAUUAGAUUAGAUUUAUCGUCCGCAUCGCGGAACAAUGGAUUUUCAGUACAUCCCGUGAGGCAGGAAUCAGAUCAUAAUGAUGGAUCAUUAUUCGAAAUAGUUCCUGAUCAAGAUUUCUCUAAGAUGAUUAGACAACUGAAUUCCUAUUCUAAUAUUUUAUACAGAUAAUAAAUAUUCAUUGUUCACGGUAUAUUAAUUACAUCUGUUCGAAUAAUGCGUUAUUUGAAUAAUUUACUUACAUAAUGUAAAUUUAUAUAAUGACAUUCCAUCGCCAAUGAUCAUUUUCUAAAGACUAGGUUUCCAGAUUCAACGUAUGAAUUAAGAUUGAAAACUUUGAGUAACUCGAAGACAAAGAAUAGUCGGUUGGAUAAUAAAAAUAUUAAAAAUCGACCUACCGCUGUCAGAAAAUCUAUGUCAUCGUCUAUACCAGAAGUUUCUUCGAACGGUGAUUUCUCAUCCAAAAUGUCGUAAUCCGUGUUCCCUGAAACAGAGGAGGUACCAACGUUUACAUGUUUUCUCAGUAAGAUUAAUUCACUUCGGAGCAACAGAGUUGUCAAUUGAGAAGCUUGAUCGGCAACAUACGCUUUUAUUACUUAAGCAAUUAAUCGAUAUCUUGAUAAUAAUAAAAGGAAGGCUCGUUAAGAACCGGAUAACCUAGAUCGUCACGAUAAAUAUGGGUCAAUGGAUCAAGACUUAUUGAACUGGCAAUUAAGACUCGUUUGCCGAGUGAAUCCACCCGUAGCUUUUAAUUUCUAAUUCGGAACGAAGAUUGAUUCCAGUACGCCACUGAUAAGAAGAGUCGUCAAUGUUUUAUCGAAUAAAAUUAUACGUCUCGAUACAAUCGAACCGAUGUAAUUGAAUUGUUCGAUUGAACGGGUACGCAUAAUAAAAUUAACUUAUGUCAGUACUUUACCUCGCUAAUCGAGUGCUUUAAUUCAUGUAAAUUCGUUUUUUAGCGCUACACUAACACCCACGAUUUUGUCCACAAUUUUACUUAUAAUAAAUCCUUCACGAGCGACUUUGGAAUAGAAUGAAUAGAAAGGAUGUUCCCUAAGUAAAGUUACCAAUGCAACUCAACGAUCCGAUAGAAAAGUGGCAAUACUUUUCAUUACAAAUAUUCCCUAUCUUCCAAUAAGACAUCGAUAACGUCAUUUGUAACAAAUAUAAAAUCUUGCAUAGACCAACACUUAGGCAACCGCCUAAAAGAACUAUAACCUAACUUUAAUGAAUCUCGCACAAAAGGUUUGAUUCUAAGUUAUUUACGAAAGCAAGAAAGGUAUUAAAUUGCAAGUAUCCCCAGUUCAAGACUUAAACCACGAAAGAAACAAAUAGCGCGUUGCAAAGUGAGAAAUGUGGGAGGUCCAUUCGGUUGGCUAAGUUUUAAAAGACAAAGCAAUUUGAAUUCUACGUUAUAGGUUGAUACCUCACGGAGAAUCGAACGUCGAAUUCGAAAUUUUACAAUUGAUCUGCGUCGAAUGGAACGGCGACCGAGAGAAUUCGCCUCCCGGCCGCAAAGGGUUGACUCGCUCGAGAUUGCGACCGCCGAGAGCUCACUUUUCCCGUUUACGGCGGCAUAAUUCAACGUUUAUCGUUCGAUUCGUAUGGAUCAGAGGUUUAAAGAUAAUUGAUCGAAAGUGGGGCACCUUAAUUGGGCAUAGCGUGCACCGUAGGGACGAGUGACGACGACGCGGACGGGGCACGUCUCAAAAGAUCUCUUCCUGCCAUUUUUAAAUCGCGUGUCCCGCGUUUACGAGCACCGGUUAAAUGGAUCUCUCUCCGGCUGCUUCUUUCUUUUUUCGUCAAUCUUCAAAGUCGCGGCAAUAAAGUUAUUCACGAGUCCAUUCGUGCGCGAUCGUAUUAAAGAACGAUCUUCGGAGAUACCGAUGUAAAUUUAAUGGCCCAACGACAGAAUCGAAGAGACCUUUAACGCUUUUACGACCGACGAAACCUUCGUGCCGCGACAACUUGAAAGAAUUCUCAUCGACCAACGAAGUGGAACGGAUGUUAGCGAACCAGUAAAAAUUAUAUUUAGUCGACACGGGAGAGUUUAGAGUGUUACCAUUCUCAUCUUUACCCACCAUUGCUGAGCAAGGUGUCCUGCAGGAGGGUCUCUUCAUCUUCGUUCGGAAAGAAAUACUUGUUCGGAGGGGAUGCCAUAUAGGAAUUUCCUAAGCGAGCCUCGCUAUUGCAAUGCGCGUCGAUCACUCGCCGAUCGUCCCUUCAUAUCGGUCCGAUUCUACCGAAAGCGAUCCCGAGGAAACGCGCAACGCACACGUACGACGGGAGCACACUGCACUGCUUCGCGUUGAAGUGGUUACCGUCGGUUCUCUCGAUCUUUCCUCGAACAUGUGGAACGCGAGUACACGUUUCUAUAUUAAAACCACUUGGAUCGGUACGGUGGAAUUACCGAAACACUCUCGGAUCGGUACGUUGAUAGUAUUAAAACACUAGGAUCAAUUACGAUGAAAGUAUUGAAACGAAAUCUCAUAAUUUCACAGUACAGUCCGACGAUUCACAAAUCACCGAGAUCGUGAUUCGAGGAACGCGCUACAUGGAAUAGAAAAUUUGUGCGAUUUUCACUGGAAGUUUUAGCGUUCGUAGAACGAUCAUGAUGCGUCGAGAAGAAUGUUAUUUUUUUCUUUCUUUUUGAAGAUCACUUGGCCGAGUAACAGGUGGACGAUGAUUGUUUCACGAAACGCGCUCUCUCUUCGGGAAUAACAGUACCGGGAAUACGUUUAACGGCGGCGAACGGACGGUGCACGUUCUGUAUUGAAAUCACGGGCGCGAAAGCGCUGAUAGAAGAUCGCCGGCACGCACGGCGUACGACGCGUUGUAAGCGACUCAAAGACGGCGACUGGUCGAGAGAACCGAAUUGUACAGGUUAAAAUUCUGCUCGUGAGUGAGUGGCCUCCAGGGAGCGAGAUAGGGUCGUCAGAGAAACUUGCAGUACAAUACCUACUUACAACGCUCGUUAAAUCCGUACACGCUCGGAGGAAUCCGUGGUCGAACAAUAUCUCAUAAUUAGGGACACCUGAUAAGAGCAUCAACUUUAACGUGAAAUGUAUCUUUCCGUGAUUUAAGUGCUUUUUGAGAGAGAGAGAUAUGGCGAAUUUGAUGGAUAGUUCACGAUUUUGUAGAGCAUUUGUGUGGAUUGUUAUUUGAAAGACAAAGAACUGGCAAAUUUAAACGAUAGUUAACGAGUCUGUUGAUCAUUUGUGCGGAUCGUUCUUUGAAAAGCGGAGAAAUGGAAAAUUUUUUGAAGGGUAGUUGACGAUUCUGUUGAUCAUUUGUGUGGAUCGUUAUUUUGAAAAGCAGAGAAAUGGAAAAUUUAAACGGUAAUUAACGAUUCUGUUGAUCAUUUGUACGGAUCGUUAUUUGAAAAGCAGAGAAAUGGAAAAUUUGAAGGACAGUUAACGAUUGUGUUGAUCAUUUGAGUGGGUCAUUUGAAAAGCAGAGAAAUGGAAAAUUUAAACGAUAAUUAACGAUUUUGUUGAUUACUGGGGAGGAUUGUCAUUUGAAAGACGGAAAUGGUAAAUUUUCGUUCAUGUGAAGUAUUUGGAAUAGAUCGGUAUACAAUUACUAUAAUUUUAUCUUCCACGGGUUUAAAAUAUAUAAUUGAAUAUUGUUUUCAGGAACUUGUGUAUUUGAGAGAUUCUUGUUAAUUUUCAUGUCACUGUGAAAAUAAUGUUGAAACAGGAUUUCUUUGAAGAGCAUGGGAGAGUGUAGAUUUUCUAUUGUGCUUAUGAAAGUAUGCUGAAGUAAAUUGCUGAUUGGUUUGAUGCAACAUUAAUGUGAAUGUUGGCAGAAAGUUUGAAAGUGGAAGAGUAUGAAAGAUUCUGAACGUUCUAUUUCCUGUUGUGGUCAGUAAGAUUGAAAGAAAAUAAUUGAUAUGUUUAGCAAAAAGUAUGAAUAUUUUAUGGAUGAUAUUAUACAAAGUAACAUGUUUAUGGAUAAAGUAUAUUAAAGAUAAGUAGAACUCAAAUGUAGCUUAAAUAUAAAUUCAAAAUGGUACACUUUCUUAUCAAAGAUUUUAUUACAGUGGAAUAUUUUUACUCAAUAUCUAAUUCGCAGUUAGUACGCUCGUAAAUUAUAGUAGAAAAAGAGGCUUACAUAUUUUUUAAAUAGGGGUGAAAAUAUGGUAAUCUAGAUUAAUUAAUGCGUAUUCAUGUAAUACAGUCACGAUCGAUUAAUACAUAUUCAUAGAUGUAGUUAAAAUUGAUUAAUGCAUAUACCUGCAUAUAAUUAACGCGACUCUGGCUGAAGUUUCAAAAUUAAGCAAGUCAGCAAUUCCUAAAGUUACAUAUUCAUAAGUAAUGACUAUAGAGAAAGAGAGGAAAUUCCUUUUUAAUCAAUUUAAGCUAUAAAUUUUAGAUAUCUACCUCACAUUCAUGUUACAUUUUAUCAGAAUUACAAACUUCGAGUAUCGAAUCAUACACGAGUACGAAAAACAGUUCCUUGCAAACGCACACUCGAGAAAGGAUGUUAUUUAUCAAAUUAAAAAGACACCUAUGAAGAGAAAAGAAUAUUUAUAAACUAAACAAAAAUUUUCGAAUGGAUCUAUCAAUUAAAAAAUUACUUUCGAAUGGAUAUCGAUCGAUUAAAAAUAUUUUCGAAUGGAUCCGUCGAUAAAAAAAUUUUCGAAUAGAUUCAUGAAUAAAACGAGCAUUUCCGAUCACGGCCGUAAAAUAAAAAAAAUAUUUUCGAAUAGGUCCAUAGAUUCUUCAUGGCCUCAUUAAAAAUUCCCUGGGGCCAAGUAACUGCUGCUUCUAUUGGUCCUUGACGGCAGGAUAUCUCUUAGACGCAUAAUGAGCCAAUUCGCGACGUUCCGUUUGAACCGUUCGAUCCGAGGGCCGAUAGAGUUGGCCGUUCGGUUUUUAAAAAGCACAAACGCCACACACACGCUCGCUCGCUCGCUCGCCGGAUUAAUUCACGUCGCGGACAAUUCGCUCGAAUGAAGUCUACCACGGCGCGGUCAGAGCCGUAGACUAGGUCAAGGAGAAUCAGUGUUUGCCCGAUGUGUACUCUCCUUCGCGAAAACGUACGCAUCAGUGACGCAGCUACGCCCCAGGCCGGUUGCAAUUUAUUUUUACUACUCGAUUAAUGCCUGCUGGGCGAAAUACAAAGAAUCCGCUUUCUCGCUUCGGCGGGAGUACGACCGGUUCGCGGGUGGUCAGCUUUGAACAUGUUCGAACGUGCAUCAUACAUCACGUAUCAUUGCUCAUGAUAAAUAAUGUACAACAUAAUUUUCAUACUAGUUUAGUGUUACUUUGUAUAUUUAGUCACGUAAGAGUUUGCUGAUAGAUAGGUUCUUUGUAGAGUAAGAGUUGAAUAAAUCUUAAUGGAAUACAUAAAAUGGAUAAUGAAAUCAAUUUUGAUGUAAUAUGUGAAACGAACAGUGGAUUGAAUCUUGAUAGUACAUGUAAAGUGAAUGAUGAAUUAAAUCUUGAUAGUAUAUGUAAAGUGAAUGAUGAAUUAAAUCUUGAUAGUAUAUGUAAAGUGAAUGAUGAAUUAAAUCUUGAUAGUAUAUGUAAAGUGAAUAAUGAAUUAUAUCUUGAUAGUAUAUGUAAAGUGGAAUAAUGAAUUAUAUCUUGAUAGUAUAUGUAAAGUGAAUAAUGAAUUUUAUCUUGAUACAAUACGUGAAGUGAUUAAUGAAUUAAAUUGUAGUAGAAUAUGUAAAAUAAUGGAUCUUGAUAGAAUACGUAAAAUAAUGUAACAAAGGUGCUCUUAUUGAUGUAUAAUUGAGUAAACAAGUUGCAAGUUGAACUUUAUUCUUAAAAAUUGUAUUAACUAGAAAAUAAUUUAAACACUAUGUCGAUGUAUCCCUUGACGUUAGAUGUUAGUAUUUUAGUUAUAAGAUACUCCGGUAUCUAGUUAAAACACAUUAGAAGUCGUUUUUGUGUAUAUCCAGGAAAAUUUGUUCUUCUCAAGCCACAGUUUUAAUAAUGUAAGGAGAAUAGAAAGUAUGCUCGUAUGUAAGGAAACAAUACACAAGAUAUAUAUCGGUGCUACUGUUAAUCGGUGUACAUUUAAAUAUGUUCAAACUGAUCCGAUCGAUUCAUACUGUUCACUGGUUCAUUCCCCGGAGAUCGUAAACGAUAAUUCUCAUCAUAAUCGGGACAGAAGCCGAUCGAGAAAUAUUUCCAUAAUGAUAUCAUGCCUACUUACCGCGAGACGUGUAUCGGAUCUCGAGAAAAGGAAAAGAAAAUUUAAAGUGCGCUAUCCAUGCACCCGGUGUGUAUAAUUUUUGACUGUGUAGUUGAAUAUCAGAUUUACGAGAGGCUCAUUACGUGGAAACGAUUCGGUCCGAUACUGCGGAUGGUUUUUAAAAGACUGUCGGGCCAGUUGACAGAGCGGCGAUGUGAAACUUGUAUGCAAAAUUUUUAUUGAGAGAACACGUGUUAGUGGACCUGUUUAUAUUAAACCCCUUCAGAUCUGCCAUACACUGCAACGCGCAUUACUUUUCCCGGUUUUAAAAAAGAAUUCGGGAGUUCGAAUUACAACAUGUCUCGAAGUUAAUAUAUCAAAUUCAGAACCUGUUGGAAUGAUAAUAACCGUUAAUAGCUCCAUUUUGCACAUAUUAUAUAUAUAUUUUUUCUAUAUAAAUUUAAAUUUCAAGAGUAAAAUAUGUAAAAUGAGGCGCUAUUUUUAUUGAAUUAAAUGAAACUUUGAUCGGAAGAGAUUGAAUAAUUGGCAAGAAAAGAUUGAUGCACAAGGAGAAUGCUUGAUUUAUAGGAAAUUGAUACGUGUAAAGUUUGGAUGAAGUUGAAAGUGGAGAGAAAUUGUUAAAUGUGUGGUGGAGAGUGAUCUAAAGGAAGUUAAUAAACAGUGAUUCGGAAUGUAAGAGAUGUAUGCAAUGAAAAUUAUUUUUGUGAUGUUGUAUUGUCUUUUAACGAGAUGAAAAGUUAGAAUGUUUGAUUGCCAGAGAGAAAGAUAGAAGCAGAUUCUGAGUACAGUGUCUUUGAUCGUGAAUUAUAAUUUGACUCGAGGGAUUGGUACGUUGUAUCAGCGAGAUGCGUGAUCUUUACGGUUGUGAAUUAUUUAUGAGAUGAAAAUGUUGAUCAGAAAAUAUGAUGAAUGGUUCUGUUGCAGAAUGAGAGGUCAGGGAGAAUGUGAUUGAACUUAUUCGAUGAAUAUAUUAGAAUGAAAUAAUGAAGUUGGAAUAUUAAUAAUUGACGAGGUUAGGUUUUAACUGUGUCGAUACUCUUUUCACUUUUUACCGAAAUAAUACAUUCGAGAAACUAGUAAACUAGUAAAUUAAUAUAAUAAUAAACACUGGUAGAAUGUUGGCGAAUGUAAUAGAAAAAAAUUACGGUCAUUGAAAUAUAUCAUUGAUUUCAGAGUGAAAAUUACUUUAAAGUUAUAAAGAAGUAGCAGGAUUUUAAAUAGUUCCAAAGUUUUGGACUUAAAUUAAGACCUUAAAGUUUCAUGCAUUUAGCAACAAACUAUCGUGCAUUAGUAACAAACUUACCGCCAUUGAUACGAUGUUCUUCGGCUAGUGUUUCCAGCGACUUGCUCUUUUCGGCAUCCCCUUUGUCCUCUAAGCACUCCAGCACACUAGACUUGCAUCCCAUUCUUGAAGCAAGGUUUCACUUCCCAUGGAAUCCUUCAGUCCACUUCCACAUAGUCGAAAGUUCGUCGACUUUGGUUCUGUACAAAAAUUCAAUGUUACAGAAUUUCCUUAUUAAAAUUAUUAAAAUCGGUAAAGAAGGUUCGUUUCUGUGGUUCGAUCGUCAAUUAUUUACUAUCGACAGGUUGUGUUCUAUUUAUUCAUGUUACUGUUAUUGCAUUUUCUUUUUGGAUGUUGACGCUAAGGAACGAACGCUGAUCGUUGACAAUUUCUAAUUGGAAUAAAGGAAAUUUGGAACAGAACUUCUUGAAUGAAUUAGAUGCAAUCAACUAAUCGUUGACUCGUUUUGAUUACGUUUGUGUACACAUGCUCGCAUGCUCUACAUAUUUAGAAUUGCAAAUUAAUAAAGGGGGUCUAAAGAAAUAUAAAAACAAGUUACAUUCUAAUGAUAGAAAAAUCACCAUUUACUCUUUCAUCCACACAAACGUUCGAAACUCAUAUGUUUAAUCAUCCAAGUUGCAUUACCUCGUUAGGCCCUAUCUUUUCAAACGCGGUGUUAAAACAUAGACUUCUCGUGUUUAGAACAUUUGGUGUUCUAUUCGGUAUUAAAUAUCGCACAAUUCGAAAAACAAAUAUUCGUAUAAAAGUACUUUCUACAAAAAUAUCUACCAACUAAAAGAAUCGACACAAUUGUUUCCUAUUUUGUUGGGAGAAAUAAUUAUUCGAAUAUUCAUUCAAAUAUUCAUGAAACGAUCGAUACAAUUAUCUCAUAUAUAUUGAAGAAAUAAGUUAUAAUAAUUUAAAUAUUCAUGAACGGUAGUAUAUCUCCCGUGUGUCGCGAAAAAGUUGAACGUCCCGUUUCAAUGUCAUCUAGACGAGUUUCAGAGAGUGCACAUGUUGGUGCAGGAAGCAUUCCUUGCGAGGAAGAGACACGAUCAGUGACAACCAUAACGCGAAGUUAUAAAUAUUCUCGAAUGUCGCAGUCCUGUUGGCUGCCGAGAAAUCACGAGGUAUUAUUUGUAAAUCGAUCCCGGUACGUGGUACCGGCGUAAAAAUUAUAUCCUGCACUCGUUGCAGCCCUACACGAUGAAUUCGAUUUGCAUACUGUAAAAUGACAAUAUACGAUACCAUUGAUGGGGCAAUGUGAAAGGACGUAUGCAUAAAAAGAACUGUUAGAUUUUAUCAGCUUUUUCAUUAAGGAUCCUGGUAGGAGAUUUCAACGCCUGCAAGGUUACAUUCGCAUGGUUCCCUACAUUACCGACCAAGAGUUUGGAAUCAUUUCGUAAAUGAGACAGUAAACUGGAGCAACUAGAGAAGUAAUUUAAACAUUUACAAUAUUAUCGGUAGUGUUGACAUUUAGUCUAAAAGAAACACCGUUCAAAGAAAAGGAAGCAGAAUUAUUUAAAAAUUUGAAAAAGCACUUAAUUGAAUUAAGGGUAACGAUUCUUGGCAUUUAUGAAUGUUCCAAUUUCAAGGGUACUUACAGCCGAUUGUAGCAAAGUAAGAAAUUAUAUAAAAAUUCUCAUAUCUUUCCCAUUAAAAGUGCAAGUUCGCUAAGUAACAAAUUCCAAAUUUUCAGACACCAAUCUACUUCGAAUAUAGAAAUGCAAUACACUAACAAGAAUAUGAAAUUCUUAUUGCACUUUUUCAGAAUUGAAUAAAUUUUGAAUUAAUUGCAUUGUAUUGCUUUAUAAUAUGAAUUAAUAAUAUAAGUUCGUAGUUUAAAAUAUUAUUCAUCAUCGAAAGUCGACGGAAGCUUUUAAUCAAGAGAGAAAUAAAUUGGCAAAGUGGUACAACACGUUUUCAUCGGUGGAGCAUACACACGAAAGAUUGGAAAUUGCAAGGCACGCGUUCAGCUCCACGACGCACCUCCGUCAUUCGCUUUAUCUUAUCGUGCUCGGCUGUGAAUGUGUGUCUCCGCGUAAUUCAAAAAGCCUUACGUCGUAUCUGAAACUCGGUAUUCUCCGGAGGAACCGCCGGCUCCUCCUCCGCUUCCUCAAGUUCACUGGAUAGAACCGGCCCGUCCCCCGCGUUUCACGCGGAAUUUCUCUGCUCGCCUUGAACGACGUAUCCAAGAUUACACGAAACUCGACUGUAAACACGCGUCAUUGCGUACGCCUAUCGUUGAUGCUCCGAUACCAGCAGAAACGAGUAGAGAAAUGUCAACACGCCACUAUCAAUCGAUCAUAAACGCUCAUCCGAACCUGUCAGUGAAACAUCAAGAUCCCUUCGAGAAACCGGAGCAACUUUCGAGACAUCAUUGUGUUGAUCAAGAGAAAAUCGUUCAGAUUGUGUUAGACAGGCCAUCUGUUUCAAGAGAUAAUUUAGACGGAUCUUGGAUGGACUUAGAAAAUCGUAAUUGUUUGGAGGAAUUGAGCAUGCAAGUCGCUUUAUUAAUCCCUUGCCUCAUGACUUCUUAACUCAUUGAUUUGAAUGUUUGAGUAAGAAUUAUUUUACUACUUCAAUUAAAAUAUUUCAGUUUUUAUCGAAUUUAGUUCUCUAAGUAUGUAAACCAUUUCGCUUGGCGGUAUGCUAAUUAGAAGUAGUUAACAUUGAAUCUGACGCAGAGAAUGUUAGAACGCAAGACUCGUUUCCCGUCAAGAAGUUAAUGCAUCGAUAUCGUUAGAUACGAAUAUUGCACAACUAUCGUAACAAUUUCUUCCAGAGUUUGGACAACAAUUAACAACAAGAAACCACAAAAAACCACAAUGAUUCUUUCAGCAACCUCUAAUAUCCUGAAGCAUAUCAUUCUUAAUAAAACUCCAUCCUCUUCAUUUUCUUUCCUUAUAAUUCAUCUCACGACUAGACUCGUGAAAAUUGCUGUAUUUUAAUCAUUCGUCGAAUGCUAGUAGUCGAAUGCCGUAGUUUUAACCCUUUGCGCUCCGAAAAGUUGUCACUCUAGCACUUGCAUCAAUGCUCAAGUCAAGUACAGUUCAAUAUACCAUUUUAACCAUUCAGAGCACAUUCGAAAAGCACCGAAAUUCUACUUACAUAAUAAUUGUAGCAAAACUUCAACUACUUCAACUAACUUGAACGUCCAGUCUAGUUCAACCCUUUCAAAUUCUUGAAACUCUGGAGAACCUUUUCCAUCAAAAAGCUGAGUUAUCAAUCCUUACAUCAAUCCUCGUUAUUCGAAUAACUAAAUUAUUCAUUUGAAGCUUCAGAAUUUCGAUAACAAAGCUCUCGAAGUAUCCAUAGGUAAAACGGUUAGCAUUGUAAUGGAAUAAAUUGAACACCGAGUCUAACGUAGGAUUGCAAAGGGUUAAUCGAUGUCCCCAGAGAUUCGAUGUAUUACCAUUUAUAUUACCAUUUAGACAAAGUGGCCUCGCGCGAUCGAAAAAUCCCCGAUCCGUGAUCCGUGUACCGGUUUCCCUUCGGAAGAUCACUGCACUGACAGGGUGAGACAGUUCGAUGGUCGCGUUCGAGCGACAACAGGACGAAUCGACGAUAUUUUCACCGACGGACCGACGCACAGUCGCGCGACUGUCGAUCCAUUGUUAGGCGACACGGUGCUCCGAGAUGUGCGCGAUGUUUUAAUAAAGCUAGACCCAGUUGUAGAUGGCAUGCUGGCCUCGAAACCACUGACUAAAGUUUCCGAUUUCGCGAGGACGACGCGGGGCGACGUGUUGAUGCCACCGGUCGCGCCCCACUUCCUUCUCCGAUCGCCUCGCCAAAUAUUUUAUUUGCACUGGGAGAGCGCCGAUCGUUUUCCGAGGGUACCGAUAAACAUAAAACAAAAUUCGCGCCGCGUAUCUUCGAGCUUUCAGCGAUUCGGUAACGCGUUAUUUUAACCCCAGUUUCUCGGACCUUUUCUGAUCCAAUCGUCUUUCCGUUUCCUUAACUGUGUAGAUUCAUGGUAUAGUUCAUUGUAUGCUUCGUUGUAUUAUUCCCAGAAAAAUCAAUGUUCAUUUUAUAUUCUCUUGGACAUUGAGGAACUGAUGAUUGGAAUAUGCGUUCGUAUAGUUGCAUCAAUUGUUAAUCGACUUUUACCGAAUAAUGAUCGUAACAUUGAAUAUCCGUCAAAUUUACGGAUUCUGUGAAUUUAAUGUUCACGCCGGUUUGAUUGACUUUUUCGAGUUUCUCGAUUGUUUACUUGUCGCGUUCUCGUUUUGCGAAGGAUACUUUCAGAAUUGAAAAUAGUAGAAGAAUAUGAUUCUGCUCGUACGUUUUCAUGAUUAUCGAAAUUACGAUGCUCACUGCGGCUUGUUAUUGUGGCAAAUCUGACUAAGCAUGUUUGCUUAGUUUUAGGCAAAGUGUUCGUAUGAGUUUGUAAAGAAUUUCCAAAUAGAACUACGUGGAAAGAGAAAAAGGAGAGUUACGAUGCCUGUGAGAAUUGCGGUUAAUAUUGAUGGCUGCUGCUUGGUAGAAAUUAUGACAAUGUUUCGAAUUACUCGGAAUCUUUUAGCAUCAAUUCGAUACAAUUCGCAGCAGUGAUAUAAUUUCGUCGUGAUUGUACCGUAUACUUUCUGGGAAUAAUCGUAAUCGAGACAACGAGGCGCAACGACGUGUGAUAAGUUUGCACUUCGAUACCGAACAACAAGUUAUGAAACAUUCAGGAGGAUCUCCUUGAGAGUAUUAUUCGAUUUGAAAGGCUAAUAACACGGUAUGCUCACUGAAUUGCGAUCAGCGCGCAGUUUGCACGUCGGGACCCGGUUAUUUUCGAGGAACCAACGAAAUCAAAAGUCAGCACAGAAAUUGUAGAACCUCUUAGCCUCUUUCCAUACAGACAAAUUUUUAUGGCCGAAACAAUACAAAAAUAAUGCAACACGCAGAAGCUCGUAACAUUGAAAGGCUUAAGCUUGAGAAUUGCUGAUAAUUAAUUGCUCAAACAAUUAAAUAUUCGAAUAUCCAACAGUAUAUAGGAGUCAGAAUAUUUGGUAAUCUAAAAUGUUUGAAUCUUGAAUGUUUGAACAAUUUUAAACAUAUUUAAAACAUUAGAUAUGGUAAGUUCUAUUUGAAAUUCAAUUUGUAAUAGGAAGAAUGAUCUUGCCUGCUUUAACGAAUAAUCAUCAUUUCAGAUCAGAAUCAUUAUUAACUCGAAAUUUGAUGAUGUUGUGAAAUCAUAGUGAUUCGAAACGUGCGAACGUAGCUGCAAACAGAAUAGUUAAAAGAAACUAUUCGUUAUUCUCGAAUUCGAAGCAACUUACGAAAAUUCACGAAUUCGGCGUGUAAAAUGAAUGUCUUUAAUGAAAGGCGACCUUUGUGAAAGCGAGAAUGUACGCUCGGUGAUAGUCAAAGAGAAUAGGAGAUAUCUAGAAUUUGCUCGUGGCAAAUACAAGGAAGAUCUAACAAUUUUAAUUGCCAGUUUGCACAGGCCGCGGUGAUACAAAGCGAUUAUUUGUGUAGAGGCGCUUCUGUUUCUUUGGCGUAAAUUACUUUCGUCUGUGUGUGAGCUUAUCGUGCGCUUGUAAUUGUGCCUCUAAGCGCGUCUUACAGGAAAUUUUGUGUUACACAUCUAUUCAAUGCUAAAUUACUCCAGAUGCACACGGUAAAAUGUUGCACGCGUGUAUUUUUACUCUUAAAAUUGAAACACUGCUCCUAGUACGUGAUUAUUUAUGGUAGAUCUGCAAUGGAUAUUUCAUGAGUUUUUAACAGUCAAACAGUGAAAGGAAUCGUAUGGACAUGUGUAUGUAUAACUUUGGUGACCCAUGGAACUAACAGGUUUGUGAAAUUAUUGAAUAUUAUUUUAUUAAUUUCAUUCGUUCGUUUUUUGGGUGGGAAGUUGGAUAAGGGCCAGGAUUGAAAAGGUAAAAUCGCAAUGCAAAUCAGAAAUUGCGAAUUAAAUAAUUUGAAACUUUGGAACUGAUGUUCGCAUUUGAUUAAUCUCAAACUUUUGAGUUUCUAAUUUAAACUUUUAAAAGAUUUGAAAUAUAAAAAUAGAUCGAAUAAACUGUAAUACUUCUAAUACUAUAUCAUUAAUAACAAAGAACACUAACGAUCAGGAUACUAUUGACGAACAACUUUCGAAGAUUUCUGAAACAUCAUCGAAGAACAAGUAUACGAAAAACAAGGAUAUUAAUUCAGUAUUUAAAAUGUUUAAAUGUGAGUCGAAGCUCAGCAAACAAAUAAAGCUGCUAAAAAAAACCUAAAAAUACUUCUUGUCAUUCCCCUUAUUUAAAUAAGAAAUGUGUCGCGUCCAUAUUUUUCUGGAAAUAUUAAAUGCAGCCAUAAAAAGUAAUAAACAGAGGAAAAUUUAUUUUAUAAAUCUGUGGGAUCACAACAACUUGAAGUGGCUUGGCAACAAUUUUGAAACAUUGUACGACGAUUAUUUCGUAAAGGUUAAAAUUGAUUUGCAAAUGAGAAAGGAAAUUCAGUUCUGCCAGAAUUCAAAUUGGGAAAAAUAAAGUUUUUUGCAUUUUGGGAGACCUUAAAAAGAAAAAUACAUCCACGACUAUUUAUAAUAAUCGCCGCUUGUUCCUCGAUUUCUGAUUGUAAGUUUCGUUCAUAACAUUAACAUUAUUAAAGCAUUUUAUUGUCCACCUUCGUAAAUACGUAUGUACAUAAUUUCGAUUCUGAAUUCGCAGGGAAUUACUUAACAAUUUAAUUUUAAUAAAAUUUAUUGCGCUCGAUGGAAUCAGUAUGGCGGUCAUAGCAUUAAUAAGAAUAUUUAGCAAGUAUAAUGUAAAAAGGAAAACUUGAAAAACUUGUAAUAUAAAUUAAGAAUGAAACCUGUAUUAUUGUUGUAAAGAACAUACGAAGAAAAGAAAUUGAAAACCGAAUUGAAAAUGUAAAUUCUGGUAAAAUUAAUGACACGAUUUAUCAUUUGAUGAACGGAUAAUGUUUAGCGCCCAUUGUUUUCGAUUUUGUCUCUAAGAUUGUAACAAUAGAAGGAAGUAAGUCAACAUUGAACUAUUUUUAAACACUGACCCCACAUUUCAAAUGUAUUAUGAUAAUUUUAAAUUAAACAAUUUAUGUAUAAGUUAAACGAUUAAGCAUCGAUAAUCGAGGUAUGAAUUUAAGAUUGCAUAUUAAUCCAGUACUACCUAUCUUUGAGAACCGUUCAUUUUAGGGACUUCCAAUUCACUAAUUAGAUUUCAGGAAUUGAUGAUAAUGUUUUAAGAAUUCGAAUUAGGUACUCUGAAAAAGAUACUUACCCAGGAACACGUGACGUUUGUGUAUUCUUAAACUAAAAGUAGCGAGAUUUUUGAGCGAAUAAAUAUACUAACAAAUAAAGACGAAAUAUUUGUUGAUUAAGGAGGAAAAAUUAAAUAAAGAGGAAAUAUUUGUUGAUUGAGGAAAAAUUAAUCAAUGAUGGAGGACACAUAGACUUUACAAAAAAAUUGCAGUAAAAUUUCACGUUUAUAAAUCGUGGUUAUCUUCGCUCGGCAUUUUCUAAUACGAUGAAAUAUAAAAUAGCAACAGACAGAAAACAUAAUUUACGAAGGGUAUCAAUAAUCGAGUAGCGUCCAUCGAAUUGAAUUUUCCAGUAGCACGAAGUAUCGACCGAGAAGGAAACAGUAGUCAAAUGUUCUCUCACGUUUCCAGUAAUCUGAGAGUGUCAAUUUUCGAUGUAUUUUAAUGUAACGUGAUGUUUUGAAUUUUUAUUUGUAUUAUUUACAUUACGUACAAACGUUUCGCCGAGCGAUGAAAUCUGAUAAGUCGAAGGAUCGAUGAGCACGGUACACGAAACUUGAAAAAUGACAAUGCGAAAUAUCAAAGAUACCAGGAAAAAAAGUCACAGACAGUUUGGUUGGUUAUAUAAGGUUCGUCAACAAUGAAAUAUCAGAAAUUAUACCUACAAUAACAUAGUUUAAAAUUUCUCUGAUUCUGUACAUGUAUAUUAUUUCCGAAUUUAUUAUAGUUUAUUCUAAUUAUUUGAGCCUCUAAUUUUCCCAAAAUCCCUACAAUUUUAUGCUAUAUUGUACAGUUCUCGAUUCUGCCUAGAACGCACUUACUAUAAUCAGUAUUAGUGUAGUGUCUAACCGUAAUCACAUUUCUUAUUUUUAAACAAAAAUUUAUAACUGUAUAAUGUGAUGGUUAAUUAAUGCAGCAUGAUACUUAUUAGUAUUUUCGUCUUCCUACUUUAGUACUCAGAAGAAAAUGUACACAUUAAUAAUGUAGAAUUUCAAUUUCCAUGAUAAUCGAUUAAAUUGAAUUGCCAAAUUCGUAGAGGACAAUUAAAACGUUGAUAUAGAAAGAGACAUUUUUCACAAUUCGAAUAAAAUCAAAAACGUAAUUAAAUAAAAAAUAACUUGAAAAAUUGCGUUCAAUACUUUGUGAAUUUCCUUACCUCUAGUAAUGAACUAUAGAGUAGCAUUUGCAAUAUUGAUACACCAUCUAAGAUCUACAUUAAAAAGAAAUAAAUUUCAGGUCUCUGAUUAACAUUUUAUUGUUCAAAGUCUCGCAAGUACAUUUUUAGAGACUUCAGAAAAUCCAGCAGAUCUAUUCUACAUACUUUACAAAAUCGAGGAAAAUGAAAUUGGAUCUUUCCAGGUCCCUAGAGUAGGAAGACACCUUAGCGGACCUUUUUGAUCGUUUAAAUGUGCUUCUGAUUCUAGCGAAUAAUCUUGCGUAUGAUUCCACCAAAGAUUUAGCGUUUCCAAAACUCGCUGCACAAUAACAGCAUUUUCUAACAAGGUUCUCCGCGCGCAAAAGUCAGUAAAACCUGUGCCUGCCAUACCAGCUCGCUUUAAAGGAAGAUCUUUGCGUUUGUGCGUGGACCGUGUGGAUCUAAAACAUUGGUCGUCCAUUUUGAACAGUAUCGCUGAGAAUCGGAGUCUAUUAAAAAUCAAUGUGUACAGUCGCAGUAACUGCCGAAAGAUACGAGAGAAAGUAAAUACCGAAGAGAAGCUAGAACAUUUAUGGUAAUUGCUUGCAGAGACCUAUAGAUUCGUUCGAAUUUUAAUAUUAAUUAGCGAAUACGACACUCGAGAAGAAAAUCAUAUUACGUCUUUACGUUAGAACAAAAUCGCGCGAGUGUAAAUUCUAUAGCUACCGAGCAGCUUCUGAAAACGAAAAUAAUUCCAUGAGAAGCGACUAGGAGAAGGGACUUUUGAAUGUGUUGCUUCCCCAAGCUUAAACUUUAGCACCCUUUCCGUUAAUUGAAACAUUCAUUAGAUUGUUGCGCAUGAGAAAGCUGAUUCCAAAAUUCAAAUGAUUCUUCACCCGUUCGUUAGUUCGUAAUUUUUAAUUUCUCAUGUUUUAUAAAAUGCUUUCCUUAUUGUGUAUUAUCUAUCAGAAAAUUGAAUAAAGUCUUGCAACGCUCCAUUGAAAGCUUCGAUUCAAGUUUCCGUUCUAGUACAUCCGAAGGAAAUAGUUGAAUCAUUUAUUUCUAAUUACUUGUAACAGCUAUCUCCAUUAAUAAUUCCCUUCCAUAGAAGUAACACCGAACCUGUCGACAAAAUUGCAUUUUAUGUGCAACAAUUUAAUACUCUAUGACAACCUUUCAUGUAACACGAUAUUAAUGCAUCUAAAUCGACAAAAUCUCACCAGUUCCUCCACAAAUCAUAAUCCAGUUACACCUGUUACAUCUGAGUUCUUCGUAUCUAACAAAUUAUCGUCAAAAUUUCUACAUACACGGUUUAAUUAUCUCAAAUAUAUAAAUUACUCUCUCACAAAAAAAAAGAACUUCCCCAUGUUCGCCUUUCGGAUACUACUCGCGGAAAGUUUAAGCUUGCAGAUCGGAUUGUCUGGACCGAUGGAUGAGAGAGAAGGGAGAUCGCGGACUGGUAGCAAAGAUAAACUGGGACAGACCGUAAACAUCACGCUGUCAAAGAAAGUGGAAGAACACGAGAGUUUCGAUCGUCCAGGCGAUGUGGGAAGGAUCGAGCAUGGCCGAUCGUGUACACGAACAUCCUGCUGCGCUGCCUCGUCGACGCGAUGGCCGUCUGCGCGAGGGAUGCGAGGAUCACUUCGAUCACGAUCGACGGGAUCCCGCUGUCGUCCAGAUACCUGAACAUCCUUUGCUUGGGUCUGAGGAACAACGAGACGCUGACACACCUGUCGUUAACGAGAUGUCGUAUAGGUGACGUCGGUUGCAACAGCGUGCUGGAGAGUCUGGGGAACAAUCCGAACCUCUGCAUCCUGAACCUGUCGGGGUGUCGAUUGACCAGGAGGAGCGCCAUGAGCCUGUACCUGUUCUUGAAAAGGAGGGGAGCUGACUUGCUGCAGAACGUGUGGGUGGAGACAUCUGCGGAGACGAGAGAGUACCAUUCUGCUGGGAAGGUCCAAGGGCUGCAGAAAUUAAUUUUAAAUCAAAAUCCAAAAUUUGGCGACAAUGGCGUGCACCAGUUAAUGUACGCAGUGAAAUUCGAUUGUUGGUUGAAGUCAUUGAGUUUUAGACACUGCGGAAUAACGAAACAGGGCGCGGAGAAUAUAAUUAAUGUUUUGCAAUCGAACAGUGUUCUGAAAAAGGUAGACCUUACUCAGAAUCGUAUUCCUAUCAAUACUUUCCAAGUACUUCGGAAGAUUUUGAAGAAGAGGCAGGAGACGGUGGAGGAUAAACUAUUGAAGAAACGGUGUUUCGUAAACUGGAAGAAAGCGUCCAUUAAGCAGAUGUUUCAGAAAAAUAAUAUCCGAGGAUCUGCAUCUAGGAAUGCGAAGCAAUUGUUAAAUGCAUCGAGUAAACAUAACCGGAAUACUCUAUCAAAAAAUUAUCCGUUCAAGAGAUUUCCAAGAAUUCGAGAAAGAUCGAACCAAUUAAAACGGAUCAAGAACACGAAAAGAGAACCUAUUUUGAAGAAGAAGAACUUGCGUAUCCUGGAAGGACAAUUACUGGAUAUAAUUGAUUCUAACACUAAAUUAAUGAAAGAGUGGAUGGAUAACAAAGCAUUGCUGGCCACAGAACUGCAAGAAAGAUCAAGAACAGAAAGCGAGAUGAAGAAUGUGUCGUCGCAGCUGAACGACCUAAAGAGUAAAGUGAUCGUAGCUAAUUUCCUUCGCUCAAAACUCAGCGAUGAAAAUAAACUGCUACAAAGGAAUCUGCAACAUUUUCUUGGGAAGUUAGAAAAUCUUUUGAUAACAGAGCAGCAGCCUGAUGCUGAGAAAUAGGAAACCGAAGAUGUUUCGAUUACGUAGCGAUGCAGUUACCUGUCAGAAAUCGAGAGAUGUCGAGAGAUCAAUUUAGGGAGAAUUUAAUGAAUUAUGUGGUAGUUUUAUUUCGGAACAUUGUACUUUUAUUUUUCCCUGUUGCUGGUGCAGCACAGAUCAUGCAAAUAUUAUGAAAGAGAUAUAUUCUUUUUUCUUUUGGUCUUACUCACUUUUAUUUUAAUGUUAUUUGUAAUUGAAAUCGUAUACCUAACAAUGUAUUUAUAUAAACUAUUCAAGCUUCAAACUCAUUGAAACAUAUUUAGAAACUUAUCUAAUGUACGUGAUCGCUACGUGAUGAUACUUAAGUAUUUCUAACAUUCCAGCAGAGUAUUGUGGAAAAUAGUAGCCAAAAACGUCAGCAAAUCUUUUGACAGGGGAAGUAAAAAGUAUUAACUCAGUGAAAUUCUGGUAUAGCAAAAAGUUUUUUGACAACUUUCAAUUAGAUGUUAAUAUAUAAUGUUUACUGAAAAUCUUCAUCUCGAUGUAUUGUAAUAAAGAUAUUUUGAAAAAAAAACAUCUUUUAUGUAUCGAUACAUAAUAAAUGUUCCAUUGCAGGAAUAUGUCUUACUAUAGUUUAAAAGAACCAUAGUUUUGAAAAAUUGAAAUAAAAGGAAUUCAAUCCACUCACUUGAGUUUACUUAUUAUUAAGACCUGUAAACUUCAAGCAUUUAUUAUAAUAAUAAAUUCUAUCAAUGUAUUGUAACAGUUAAAUACAAGCGAAUAAAGUAAUAAAAACACGAAUU